AAUUAAUAUUCUCCUGAAUAAAUCAUUGUAAAACCAGAAGUGUCAUUUUUCUUCAUGUACAUUCAAUCUGCUGCACAGACACUGCUUGAUAUGGUUUCAUUAAACUGAGUGAAGGAACUUUCCUGAUUUCUGGUUUCCCUUCACCACCUGUCCUACGCCAGGCUGUGCAAAACGUUGAUAGAAAACAUAGCUAAAAACAAAAAAUGAUUUUUAAGACUCACUGAAUGUGACUCAUACUACAUUAUAUGUACUGGCUUAUUUUAUAAUGUUAAAAAAGAAACAGAAGACAGAGAAAAUAAAAGAUAAAACCAAUGUGUAACAAGAUUUCACUUCAUUUAAUAAAAAUGUGUUUAUUGUAUAAGAUUCAAACAUUUGUUCCAGCUUUAUGCCUGGAGGGUGAACCUGAAAACUGACUCUAAGUGACCUCAAUGCGCAACUUUUAAACUUUUUGAUGUUUAUGGUUAACUGACAAAUAGGGGGGGGGAAAUGUGCAAACACACUGAAACCAGUAGCUUCCAGUAAUAGCCUAUGACAACUGAAAAUGUGGCAUAUUUUGCAUGAUGCAAAGACAUUUUACAUUUAGCAGAGAGUCUCCAGAGAGUUUACAACAAUAAUGAUGGCAGAAGCAGCUGCUCAUUUGGAAUUGAUGAGGGCAAAUUUGGCAGCUUGAAGGUGGCACUUGUCUGGAAUUGACAGCAGAGCUGAUUAGGAACCUGAUCUGCAUUUUGUCAUUUGUGGACAAAGAGAAAAAAAAAAGAAAAAAAGAAGAGAAAUAGCUCAUCCCCUCACAUCCUUUUUCCAAACUGACAUAUACAAACAAACAAACAAACAAAAAAAGCUUCUUAGAUACAGUCAUAAAUUUAGCUUUGCUCAGCAAUCUUCAUAGAGGUGUCCACUGAAUGUACUAUUUUUUUUUUAUCCCCCCCUCCCCUCUCUUUCUCCUCUUUUCAGCUUUAUGUACGGGGAGCUCACCGACAAGGACACGACGGAAAAAGUCCGACUAACGUUUGAGAAUUAUGAGAUGAACUCAUUUGAAAUCCUGAUGUACAAGAAGAACAGGACGCCGGUUUGGUUUUUUGUGAAAAUUGCUCCCAUUCGAAACGAACAAGAGAAAGUGGUUCUGUUCCUCUGUACGUUCAGCGACAUCACAGCCUUCAAGCAGCCCAUUGAGGACGAUUCUUCCAAAGGUUGGGGGAAGUUUGCCCGAUUGACUCGAGCGCUAACAAGCAGCAGGGGAGUCUUACAGCAGCUACAACCUACAGUUCAUAAAGGAGAGAAUGUCCAUAAGCACUCUCGUCUCGCUGAGGUGCUGCAACUUGGCUCUGACAUCCUACCUCAGUACAAACAGGAGACCCCCAAAACCCCUCCUCACAUCAUCCUGCACUACUGCCUCUUUAAGACCACAUGGGACUGGGUCAUCCUCAUCCUCACCUUUUACACGGCUAUCAUGGUGCCCUACAACGUCUCCUUCAAGACGAAGCAGAACAACGUGGCUUGGCUGGUGGUGGACAGCAUCGUGGACGUCAUCUUCCUGGUGGACAUCGUCUUGAACUUUCACACCACGUUCGUGGGGCCCGCCGGCGAGGUCAUCUCCGACCCCAAGCUGAUCCGCAUGAACUACCUGAAGACCUGGUUUGUGAUCGACCUGCUCUCCUGCCUGCCCUAUGAUGUCAUCAACGCCUUCGAGAACGUGGACGAGGUGAGUCUGCCGCUGCCCGAAGAGGCACCGCUCAAAGUCCAAGUUCGUCAGGCGGCUCGUUCGGUCGUGCUAGAUGAAAAGCUGCUGUUUCCCAAAGCAUACCGUCAAUUUAAACGCUUAAAUUGACAGAUUCUAACUUUUUAGCUCUGUAUUAGGUCACGUUUAAUUGUCAAUUUACAUUAGAACCAUUUAGUUUGGACAUUUUUGCGUGUUUGAGGCGAUGUCAGAAUGCUCAUUUAUGAAUUACCAAAAUGUCUUUUCCAUGGUGAUGAGUGUUUGCUGAAGAGCCAUCACAGGAUCUUGAGAUAAUUGGCACAUUUUAAUUGGCAAAGUGGCGUUGCUUUGUUAAACUAGGGCGCACUCCAGAGCUCUGCGACACUGAAACCCGGAAACCAUUAACGCCUUCUGACAAGCUGACGAGGACUGACUCAUUGGAGAAUGUGGUUUAAAGGCUUUCCCUCUUCUUUUCUUUUUAUUGUAGAAGUGCUGAGCUCUACAGUUUUAGCUUGAUAUGCUAUUUUUAUGAUUUAUUUCAGGUAUAAUGAAUGAGGGGGUUUCUGAAUAUCUGGCUCCUUUUUUUUUUGAUUAUCCCAUUUUUCUCUUGGAAAAAAGAGUCCCAUAAAGUUUAUAGCACUCUCCAGAAUUAUUGGCAACACUUUUUAGAGCAAGGCCUUAGAAUUAAAUUAAUCUUUUAUUGCAGUAGCAUAAUUUAACACAGAUUUUUUUUCCUUUUUCUUUUUAAAAAAAAAAAAAAAAAAGAACGUUUUAUCCCAUACAUCUCGACAGCAUCACUUUUGUCUUUAGGAAAGCGCUAACUCAACAUUUAUGGUGUUUUACAGAGAAAACAAGGAAAAUUUGAGAAUUCCUCUUUGCAAAACCUCAAUCAUCAAGAGUACUGGGUCUUCGCUUUAGUUCAUCCCACACGUUUUCUUUUUAAUUUACAUCUGGAAAGGAGGCUGAUUUUGUCUUUGGUAAAGGAGAUCUGUUUAUUUGGUCAAAUUUGAUGACGUGUUAUGCGGUGUUUUUUGUUGGAGGCCGCUGGGUUAUCUAUUUCAAAGAACUCAUGACCUCGUGCACUCUAAUGAAAAUCCCUGGGUCUUUGGAAGAGAAACAGGCCCACAGCAUCAUUGAUCAUUUUAAUGAUUCCUCUGACUAUAAGUGAAAGAUCAGAUGAGCAGCCAGAAACAGUUGGGUUCGAUUUUAUACCAGUGUGUUUUAAAAAAGUCAGUAGAGAGCAAAAUCUGUAUAAUGCUUUUUAUUCUCUUACAUACAAAUGCAUUAGGAAUACUAAUACUGUUCCAAGGAAAAACAGAAUGAAUAUUUAUCUAAAUUUAUAUCCCUCUGCAGUCAGUUGGGAAAGGCUCUGUCUGUUUUUCUUUUUUGUAAAUACAAAACGUUCAUUGUAAUAUAAUCUAAACAAUGCUUGACUAUUUAACAUCCCCUUGAAUCACUGAGCUAAUUUUGAGUUGCAUAACCACUGGCACCUUGGGUAUCCUUAAAUCCAUUCGAAGUGUAGUGUAGUUUUUGGUUUUCUUCUGCAGCUUUUUUUUAGUUUUGCUUUCCAUCUUAAAGCAUCUGAGAACAUUUAGGCUGAGCAGCUCGUCAUUUCCUGCACGUAGAUUUUCCCCCGGCCAAUCGAUUGUUUGUGAAAGUGCUCGGCUCUUCUGCAAUGACCCAUUUUACUCAGAUUUGCAGAGGGGAAUUCUCUAUAGCAAACAUGUACAACACUGGCCACCUUCAUCCAUAAGUAGACAUAAGACUGCUAAUUUUCAUUGUUCAAGUUGCUUUCUAAGAUAUUCUGUGUGUCAUCUUGUGUUUGUGUUUUAAUGCUUUUCUAUAACAUGCGGUCAUCUGUGCUUAUGAAUAAAGUUGGCUUAAAUAAGAGCCACCUGUCUGCUUUUUCACAGAAUGAGCCACAUUACUGAUUAAACUGUUAUUUUAAGCAUCCCGUCUGCCCCUUCCUUAUAAUGAUUCUGUCACAUUAACUUAGCAUCAGCUAGCUGUUGCUAACAUAUUCAAUGUGUUAGCAGCUAUUAUGCUACUAGCUACUUCUGAUUUGCUACCAAAAUUGGAGAUUGAGCUCAUUUGUAAUGUGGGACUGCUACUGUUUCAAACACUUCUAAUCAUUUCCAAAAAGUCAACACAUAUUUGACUUACUGAAUGGUAGAUUCUUUUGUUUCAAAGCAAAGAUUCUUCUUCUCCUUCUCCUUCUUCUUUAAAUUUUAAGGCAGCUUGCAUUCAUUAUUGUUGCGCUACUGCCAUCUGUUGGAUCCUACUACUUAUUCCUCAAAUUCUCCCGACGAGUUCAGUAUUUUU